GAGUUUGUAAAAAGAAAAACGAACAAAAAAAAAUUUCAUACCUCUCUUCGGAUACCCGGUUUCCGGUCCGACCAUGAAUAGUCAAUAAAAUUGUGAAAUUCUACAAAGGCAGGAAAAAAAUUAGGCAUAGAAAGCAGUGAGUGCUAAAAACUUAGAUAUUGAAUUAGGGUGUGCUUUAUUGUAUUUUGUGUUGUCAUUUGAGAGUAUAUGGACCAGAUUAUCAAAGGCUCAGAAGCUUUUGAACUCUUUCGUUAUGUUCGUGGCUUUGCUACUGGAAAUAAAGAAAAGUCAUCGGCGUCAUUGCCAGAUGAAUUCCACGUUGUCGACGAAAAGAGAGAGUGCUUUGCAAAUUUAACGAAAAUUAAGUUAGAAGAAUCCGAUGAACCAAACGAGUCAACGAACUUAAUUACAUGGGAAGAUUUUGAUAUAUCAGAUCAUCCAAAAAACUGGUCGAGACCACUAAAAGUUUAUGUUACAAUUUGUGUUUGUUUGCUAACAAUUGCUACGUAUAUGGGCGCCUCAAUAAUUACCCCAGGUCUGGAUGAAAUCAAGAAAAGCAUGCAUGUGGGGAAUGUUACUGCCAUGCUUGGCCUUUCUCUGUUCAUCGUUGGAUACUCCGUUGGUCCGCUCUUCUUCGCGCCAUUGACUGAAGUCCCGCAGAUUGGAAGGCAAAAAGUAUAUUUGGUAACGUUGGUUAUCUACAUCUGCUUACAAAUACCUACAGCACUUUGCUCAGGGAUUGGCGCUUUGCUUCCUUUACGUUUUUUAGCUGGGUUUUUUGGUUCUCCAGCACUUGCUACCGGAGGUGCAACUAUAACUGAUAUGUGGGACAGUAAAUACGCACAGUACUUCGUCACUGCAUGGUCACUCUGCGCUUUUAGUGGUCCCGCGUUAGGUCCUCUAUUCGGUAGCAUUAUGGUGGUUGCCAAAUCUUGGCGAUGGCAAUUUUGGUUUCUUAUGAUGCUUUCUGCAGCCGUGUUCAUUCUUUUCUUUCUCUUUGUCCCUGAAACUUCAGCUUCUAAUAUUUUGCAUCGCAAAGCUAACCGAUUACGAAAAUUGACGAACAAUUCUCAUCUCCAAACACCAGAUGAGUUGCAAUUUUCAAAAUUGAAUCCCUCGAAGCUACUUAUGGAGAUUUUUCUUCGACCGAUCAUUUUAAGUAUAAAUGAGCCAAUUGUCCUAUCUUUAAACCUAUACCUUGGCUUGGUUUACUCUCUCAUGUAUCUGUGGUUUGAAGCAUUUCCUAUCGUCUAUACAGAACUUUACCAUUUCACUUUAAUAGAGAGCGGAUUAACUUACCUAGGAAUUCUCAUAGGAACACUCUUACCAACUCCGUUUUAUUUUUAUUAUUUACACAAAGUGCUGAUUCCAAAGCUGACGAAUAACUCUGGACGCAUUGUCCCGGAAGAAGUCUUACGAGUAUCUUUCCCAGCCGCAUUCUUUUUUCCUGUGUGUCUUUUUUGGUUUGGAUGGACGGCUCAGCGUCCAAUCAACUGCUUUUCUUCUCUCGUAAGCACUCUGUUUUAUGCUGCUGGCUCUUUCCUUAUUUUUCAAACUUGCUACCAAUACCUUGCUUCUUCAUACCCCAACUAUAUUGCUUCCGUCUAUGCGGGAAACAACCUAUGUCGCUCUUUGAUGGCUUCUAGCUUUCCUCUGUUUGCGCGCGCUAUGUUUAAAAAUACUGGUCCUUCUUAUGCUCCUGUUGGUUGGGGUUGCACCAUUUUGGGUAUCAUAUCUUGUAUAAUGUUCCCUAUUCCUUUUGUGUUGUAUAAAUAUGGACUAAGACUUCGGUUACGAUCAAGUUAUGCUACCAACUAAAGGGUGGCAUAAGUUUAUUUAAACUUAAUUUUGUUACAAUUGAUGAACGGCGUGAUACUAUCAUUAUAGAAGUGGGUGGGUUUUUACAAGUCUAAUUUUAUUCAAUGCCUUAAUAUAUAAACCAUCUAAACGUCUAAACAUUUUCGCUGUCUUUUUGAGCAUAUUUGUCACUAUAUAUGAUUUAGCAUUUCUGCGUAUAGCAUUACUUCGAAGAUUACAAUGUUUCGAUUGAGCUGAGUUGAGAAAUAGAACUAACUAAACACGGUUUCAAUUCUAAAAAUUCGGUCAGUCAUUACACUCAAUUUAAGUUUACAACUUGUGCUUCAGGAAUACAAUCAAAUAUAACGAUUAGUGAAAACAGAGCUUCAAUAUGCUAAAGGUUUAUUCCACUGGUAAUGUAUCUUGGAGAAACUAUUGUUGUGUAAUACAGAUGCUAAACCCUUAAAA